AUGGGCUUCAAGGACGGUGACAGCAAGAAGGGCGCUGGUCUCUUCAAGACCCGAUGUGCUCAGUGCCACACCCUCGGUGCUGGUGAGCCCAACAAGGUCGGCCCCAACCUCCACGGUCUUUUCGGUCGCAAGACCGGUAGCGUCGACGGUUUCUCGUACACCCAGGCCAACAUCAAUAAGGGUGUCACCUGGGACGAAGAGACUCUCUUUGAGUACCUCGAGAACCCAAAAAAGUACAUUCCGGGUACCAAGAUGGCCUUUGCUGGUCUCAAGAAGGACAAGGACCGCAAUGAUUUGAUCACGUACCUUAGGGAAGAGACAAAGUGA